AUGGGCGACGACGGCAACCUCACGCUAGCGCACCAGCUGAGCCUGUCGGCAAAGGAUGGCAACCCAGAGAAUGGCAUCGAGCAACGCCAACAUGUCUUCAAGCUCACCGGCGGCGCCUUGCCUUGGCAGAUGGCUCCGUUCAAGGACAAGGUCACUCCGAAUGGCCCGUCUGCGCCUGACAACAAGACCGACAAGGGCACCGCUUCCAAGGCCGACAACGACACUAAGUCUGCGAAGCCCAGAGUUCUCUUCCUGCGCCUGAACGGACCGGAUGACGACGACGACGACUACUUCUUCCAGCGCACCACUCGCCGGCUGGUAGGGUUCCUUCAGAGCUACGCCCAAGUCGAUAGCGCCUUCACUGCAGGUGAGGCGCUGGAGUACCUCAACAACUACAAGCCUCAGGCCAUCAUUGUCGCUGAUGCCGCCCUCACGAUUCGCAACGCGGAUGACGAGCGCUACAUUCCGGCACGUGGCAUCAUCAUGGACAAGAUCAAGCAGUUCAUCAUGGACGGCGGCAACGUCGUUUUCGGGUGCAACUUCAGCGAUGCUGCUUUCGUCGACUUUCUUCCCUUCUUCAGCACCCACUUCGACCGGCCGUGGAUCUGGCAGGCGUACAAGCGUUGCGUCGUCGAGUACCAUGCGGCGGCCGUCGAGCACUUUCCGCCCAACAACUUCCUCAAGACCAAGUACAACACCAAGAACCACUUCCUCGGACGCGUCGACGCCACCGAGGCGAUGUACAAGGACCCGCAGGAUGAGCGUCUCACGGCUGUGGCGUGGGCCAAGUUUGGCGAGGGUCACUUUGGAUGGGUUGGCGAUCAGAACAAGGAACUUGCCAACGACGAGUGCGUCUUCGCCAUGUGUGGCUUCUCGCACUUGCACCCUGAGCUGGACCUCUGGUACCCGGAUACCAGCAUCUCGCUCACCUCGCGCCCCGACGACACCGGCUUCCAGGUCAGCAACCGUUAG